ACUGGGCUUGUGGUAUCUCUGAUAUGUCUUGCUUUGCUUUCUCUUAAACUGUUUGCCAGUGAAAGCAGAAAUUACCAUAGGAUAAUUCAGCCUCCUGACUUUUUCGAGGCUGUUCUUCACUCCCUUCUCGGUGUUUGAGCUGCUCUGUGGUUCCUUUUAGCCAUGGUGCAGGGAGUGGGUAGGAUGCCAGGAACCGCCUGCUCCACAGCCCGGGGAAGGAGGGAAGAGUAGCCCUUCGUCUUUGGGACUAGUCGUCUUGUUUGCCUAGACUACAGUUUUCAAGUAUUUAAGGACCAUUUAUUUCAAAAGGUACAGCAAAGGAAUUACAGUUUGAAAGGCUGACCCGAGAGCUGGAGGCCGAACGGCAGAUCGUAGCCAGCCAGCUGGAGCGAUGCAAGCUCGGAUCCGAGACCGGCAGCAUGAGCAGCAUCAGUUCAGCAGAAGAGCAGUUUCAUUGGCAGUCACAAGAUGGUCAAAAAGAUAUCGAAGAUGAGCUUACAACAGGUCUCGAGCUGGUGGACUCCUGUAUUAGGUCACUACAGGAAUCAGGAAUACUUGACCCACAGGAUUAUUCUACAGGUGAAACUGGGUCUCGAGCCUCAUACAGCAGCCAGCAUGGGCACCUGGGCCCGGAGCUGCGGGCCCUGCAGUCCCCAGAACACCACAUAGAUCCCAUCUACGAAGACCGCGUCUAUCAGAAGCCCCCUAUGAGGAGUCUCAGCCAGAGCCAGGGGGACCCUCUGCCGCCAGCACACACCGGAACCUACCGCACGAGCACAGCCCCAUCUUCCCCUGGUGUCGACUCCGUCCCCUUGCAGCGCACAGGCAGCCAGCACGGCCCGCAGAAUGCCGCCGCGGCCACCUUCCAGAGGGCCAGCUAUGCCGCCGGCCCGGCCUCCAAUUACGCGGACCCCUACCGACAGCUGCAGUAUUGUCCCUCUGUUGAGUCUCCAUACAGCAAAUCCGGCCCUGCUCUCCCGCCCGAAGGCACCUUGGCCAGGUCCCCGUCCAUUGAUAGCAUUCAGAAAGAUCCCAGAGAGUUUGGAUGGAGAGACCCGGAACUGCCGGAAGUGAUUCAGAUGCUGCAGCACCAGUUUCCCUCAGUCCAGUCUAACGCGGCAGCCUACUUGCAACACCUCUGUUUUGGAGACAACAAAAUUAAAGCCGAGAUAAGGAGACAAGGAGGCAUCCAGCUCCUGGUGGACCUGUUGGAUCAUCGGAUGACCGAAGUCCACCGUAGUGCCUGUGGAGCUCUGAGAAACCUGGUGUAUGGGAAGGCUAACGAUGAUAACAAAAUUGCCCUGAAAAACUGUGGUGGCAUCCCAGCACUGGUGAGGUUACUCCGCAAGACGACUGACCUGGAGAUCCGUGAGCUGGUCACAGGAGUCCUUUGGAACCUCUCCUCAUGCGAUGCACUCAAAAUGCCAAUCAUCCAGGAUGCCCUGGCAGUACUGACCAACGCAGUGAUUAUCCCUCACUCAGGCUGGGAAAAUUCGCCUCUUCAGGAUGAUCGGAAAAUACAGCUGCAUUCAUCACAGGUGCUGCGUAACGCCACCGGGUGCCUAAGGAAUGUUAGUUCGGCCGGAGAGGAGGCCCGCAGAAGGAUGAGAGAGUGUGAUGGGCUUACGGAUGCCUUGCUGUACGUGAUCCAGUCUGCACUGGGGAGCAGUGAGAUCGAUAGCAAGACCGUUGAAAACUGUGUGUGCAUUUUAAGGAACCUCUCGUACCGGCUGGCGGCAGAAACGUCUCAGGGACAGCACAUGGGCACGGACGAGCUGGACGGGCUACUCUGUGGCGAGGCCAAUGGCAAGGACACCGAGAGCUCGGGUUGCUGGGGCAAGAAGAAGAAGAAAAAGAAAUCCCAAGAUCAGUGGGAUGGAGUAGGACCUCUUCCAGACUGUGCCGAACCACCAAAAGGGAUCCAGAUGCUGUGGCACCCAUCAAUAGUCAAACCCUACCUCACACUGCUCUCUGAGUGCUCAAAUCCAGACACGCUGGAAGGGGCGGCAGGCGCCCUGCAGAACUUGGCUGCAGGGAGCUGGAAGGGCUGGGCUGAGGAUGUGGCAGGCAUGGCAUAUGCCCUACGUUCACUGCCAGAGGGGGCUCCCUGCCUGCCACAGUGGUCAGUAUAUAUCCGAGCCGCUGUCCGAAAAGAGAAAGGCCUGCCCAUCCUCGUGGAGCUGCUCCGAAUAGACAACGACCGCGUGGUGUGCGCGGUGGCCACGGCGCUGCGGAACAUGGCCUUGGACGUCAGAAAUAAGGAGCUCAUCGGCAAAUACGCCAUGCGAGACCUAGUCCACAGGCUUCCAGGAGGGAACAACAGCAACAACACGGCAAGCAAGGCCAUGUCAGAUGACACAGUGACAGCCGUCUGCUGCACGCUGCACGAAGUGAUAACUAAGAACAUGGAGAAUGCCAAGGCCUUACGGGAUGCCGGUGGCAUCGAGAAGUUGGUCGGCAUCUCCAAAAGCAAAGGAGAUAAACACUCUCCAAAAGUGGUCAAGGCCGCAUCUCAGGUCCUCAACAGCAUGUGGCAGUACCGAGAUCUGAGGAGUCUCUACAAAAAGGAUGGAUGGUCACAAUACCACUUUGUAGCCUCGUCUUCAACCAUCGAGAGGGACCGGCAAAGGCCCUACUCCUCCUCCCGCACGCCCUCCAUCUCCCCUGUGCGCGUGUCUCCCAACAACCGCUCAGCAAGUGCCCCAGCUUCACCUCGGGAAAUGAUCAGCCUCAAAGAAAGGAAAACAGACUAUGAGUGCACCGGCAGCAACGCCACCUACCACGGAGCUAAAGGCGAACACACUUCCAGGAAAGACGCCAUGACAGCUCAAAACACUGGAAUUUCAACUUUGUAUAGGAAUUCAUAUGGUGCGCCCGCUGAAGACAUCAAACACAACCAGGUUUCAGCACAGCCAGUCCCACAGGAGCCCAGCAGAAAAGAUUACGAGACCUACCAGCCAUUUCAGAAUUCCACGAGAAAUUACGACGAGUCCUUCUUCGAGGACCAGGUCCACCAUCGCCCUCCCGCCAGCGAGUACACCAUGCACCUGGGUCUCAAGUCCACCGGCAACUACGUUGACUUCUACUCAGCUGCCCGUCCCUACAGUGAACUGAACUAUGAAACGAGCCACUACCCGGCCUCCCCCGACUCCUGGGUGUGAGGAGCGGGGCACAGGCGCUCCGGGAACAGUGCAUGUGCAUGCAUACCACAAGACAUUUCUUUUUGUUUUCUUUUUUUUCUUCUGCAAAUUUAGUUUGUUAAAGCCUGUUCCAUAGGAAGGCUGUGAUAACCAGUAAGGAAAUAUUAAGAAAGCUAUUUUAGAAAGCUAAAUGAAUCGCAAGUUAACUUGGAAAUCAGUAGAAAGCUAAAGUGAUCCUAAAUACGACAAUGGGCAGCACCUUUCUAGUGUGAGCUGUAGAGUAAUGAGAAGUGCUUUAUACUGAACGUGGCUGAUGGGAGGAGAGACAGGCAUUCGGGCCGGUGGGGCGUGAGGGUUAUCGUUAAGCACAAGACACAGAAUAGUUUACACACUGUAUGGGGGACGGCUUCUCACGCUUUGUUUACUCUCUUCAUCCGUUGUGACUCUAGGCUUCAAGUUGCAUUGGGGUUCCUCUGUACAGCAAGAUGUUUCUUGCCUUUUGUUAAUGCAUUGUUGUAAAGUAUUUGAUGUACAUUACAGAUUAAAGAAGAAAAGCGCGUUGUGUAUAUUACACCAAUGCCGCCGUGUUUCCUCAUCUAUGGUUCUAAAUAUUGCUUCAAUUUCAAACUUUUGAAAGAUGUAUGGAUUUCCAGCUUUCUUUUCUUUACUUUCUCCCAGUAUGUUUUAACAAAAAAAAAAAAAAAAAAGCAGGAAAAAAGGAAUAUUUAGCAGUAUUGUUCGUUCUGAUAUGUGAAUUUGUUUGUGGCAACUAAACAAGGCAUUCAGCAGUUUCUGACAAUUAACAUACAUCAUUCCACACUCCUUGUCAACAAAGUGCUUUUUCACUGCCUAAAAUUUUAGAUGUAGAUAUUUGAAAUAGAUUUUUUCAUUUAUACCAGUUUUCUUUAUGAUGAUACAGUGUUAAAAGAAAAUAAAUUACAAUUGAUCUGUCAUCCAUAUUUGCUAAGAAUGUCUAUUUCCAAGGACCUAUAUCUUAUAAAAUACACAUUCUUGCUUGUGUGUCUGUGUGUGUGUGGGUGUAUGUAUGUCCACAUACUAGAAAAAUGACCUGUGUGAGAUUUUGUUUUGAUAGAAGCUAUUUCAUUUGCUGUUCAUCUUGUACAAACUUUGUUUUUGGUUUUUUAGUAUAAAUGUACAUCGGUUUGUUCCUUUUGUACUGUAUCUAUUCUUCUGACCAUCUAGUGACUCAGGAUAUUAGGCCAGUUGAAGUGGAGUUAUAGGAUUUUCACACAUUCACACAUACUUGGAUAUCAACCCUUUCUACAGGUCUGUUUCCUUACACAUUUUAUCCCCUCAGAACACGAUAAACCAUGGCCAAUUCAAUUUCACUUUGGGGCCAAUUACUUGAAGUAUCCACAGAAAAUGUAAACUGCUCGCCUUAUUCCCCCAAACUUUUUGUUCAUGUGGCAGGGAGCAGUAGACAACUAUGGAAUAGAUUAUUAAAAUCGAACUUGAAGCUAACGUUAGAAUAGUGGUUAACAGAGCUAAGAAAUAAGGCUAACCAUUUAAAAGAACACGGGCCGUGGGUAAAUUAGCUUUGCUCUUUAGAUGCAAGUGACUGAGGCCAAUAGGUGCCUAGUAAAUGUUAACUGUUCUUGGAAAAAAUAAAAA